UGGACAUUGGCUAAGAUCAGGGGCGGACUGACAACUCCACAUGGAUUUUACUAAUACACCUACAGAGGGAUGCAAGGGCGGACUGACAACUCAUGGGGCCCCCGGGCAAUAGGGGAUCAUGGGGCCCCUGUGUCCUUGCCCAAACUCAAAAAAGCCUAUGAAAAUGUAACAGGGGCAUCUCAUGGGACCCCCUACUGAUCCCGGGCCCUCGGGCAGUGCCUGAGUUUCCAAAUAGCCAGUCCGCCCCUGGAGGGAUGU